UGUAACUUAUUUGUAUAAUAUAAAUGAGAAAAAAAAAAUUAGUAUUUUCUGAACUUUUUGGCUUUUCCUGUUGAUAAGAAUUGAAUGGUAACUUUUUGGCUCAGCGUUCAGCAAGUUGGCUGGGUGGGUAUAAACACCAGGAAUGACCCUUUUUCCAAACCAUUCAUAUCAAUUUGUGUGUGUUUGAGAAUUGAGAUUGAAAGAGAUGAGUUCCAUUAGAGCAGCUACUAAACCUCAUGUAGUUUGCGUCCCAGCUCCAGUUCAAGGCCACAUAACUCCAAUGCUAAAGCUAGCCAAACUCCUCCACCACAAAGGGUUUCACAUAACUUUUGUAAACACAGAGUAUAACCACAAUCGCUUACUCAGGUCUAGAGGCCCUAACUCUCUUGAUGGCUUGCCGGACUUUCAUUUCGAAACCAUUCCCGAUGGCCUCCCACCAUCAGACGCAGAUGUCAGCCAAGACAUUCCCUCUCUUGUUAAAUCGGCCACCAUAAAGACUUGCCUACUCCCACUUUGCAACCUCAUUUCUAAACUCAACGACACUUCGUCUUCGAAUGUGCCUCCUGUUACCUCUAUCGUCUCUGAUGGUUGUAUGUCCUUCACUCUCGAUGCUGCUGACAAGUUCGGAAUUCCAUGUGUGCUUUUCUGGACACCUAGUGCUUGCGGUUUCUUGAGCUAUAUGCAUUAUCGCCAUCUAGUUGAACGAGGUUUAGUGCCCCUCAAAGAUGCGAACUAUCUAACAAAUGGAUACUUGGAAACUCCAAUCGAUUGGAUUCCCGGGAUGAAAAAUAUUCGUCUUAAGGAUCUUCCAAGUUUUAUUAGAACUACAGAUGAGAAUGACAUCAUGCUCAACUUCAAAAUCCGCGAAAGUGAGAGAGCUCCAAGAGCUUCAGCUGUCAUUUUGAACACAUUUGACUCCUUUGAACAAGAAGUGUUAGAUGCUCUAUCUUCCAUGCUUCCUCGUAUAUACACGAUUGGACCACUUAUGUUGCUGGCUGAUCAAAUUAAGGACGAUAACUUGAAAUCAAUAGGUUCCAAUCUAUGGAAAGAAGAAUCGGGCUGUGUGGAAUGGUUAAAUUCAAAAGAACCCAACUCGGUAGUAUAUGUAAAUUAUGGUAGUAUAACUAUCAUGACACCUCACCAACUCAUUGAGUUUGCUUGGGGGUUAGCAAAUAGUGAAAAACCCUUCUUGUGGGUUAUAAGGCCUGAUCUUGUGGGAGGCAAUUCAACUAUUGUUCCUUCUGAAUUUGUUACCAAAACUAAAGAUAGAGGCAUGUUAGCAAGUUGGUGUCAUCAAGAACAAAUCCUUAAGCACCCAUCAAUAGGGUGUUUUUUAACACAUAGCGGGUGGAAUUCAACACUUGAGAGUGUGUGUUGUGGAGUUCCAAUGAUCUCUUGGCCUUUUUUCGCUGAGCAACUGACAAAUUGUCGAUAUUGUUGUGUUGAGUGGGGCGUUGGGAUGGAGAUAGAUAAUAACGUUCAAAGAGAUGAAGUGGAGAAACUUGUUAGAGAAUUAAUGGAUGGUGAGAAAGGAAAAGAAUUGAAGAAGAAGGCAAUGGAGUGGAAGAUAAAAGCAGAGGAUGCUACCAAACCUAGCGGUUCCUCUUACCAAAACAUGGAAAAAUUGAUUUCCGAAGUUCUCUUAGCUGGAAAUGUUUGAACCAAACGAAGAAGACUUUCUAGUUUUCAAUAAAGUUGCACUUUUGGUGGUCUCA